ACCAAGAUCUGUUUCGACAUGCAAUGCUACCCCGUCGCAUAGCUUUAGAUAAGUCGGAUUGGUGAGUCAGGAGGCUAUGUUGGUGAGCGUGACUCCAAGACGCGACCCGCAGAAUAAGCACCGCGACGCGCGAUUCUCAAUAAUAAACAAACCUUCCGGCUGCUAUUCUGCGAAUUCCCUCGAUUUCUUCUAUUCCCUUAUACUUAGCUCUAUUCAGAAUAUGGCAUGUCUGCUGCCAUGAAUGUGAAAGCAAGACGGAAGGCAACCCCUAACACCGCUCAAGGGUGGGUGCCGCCAUCGAGCAGUAAUCAACAUAGGAAGAUCACGUUUGAUAGUUAUCAUUCGCACCUCGUUUCGAUUGCAAAGGCUAUAUACGCUGCAAACGGGGAGUAUCUCGCGAUUGUCGAAGAUUACUUGCGAUGGAGAAAUUGGUCAAAGGCAAAAACCGCUUUUGGCUUUAGUCAGAAACCGGGACGGUUUACCAAUGAUGAUCUCACCGUUCUCAAGGAUUUAGUUGCAGCGGGACCGCCGGUGGGGCAAUCCGCGGUCCCGCAGCUCCUUGACAGGUUGCGCCAAACAUCGUAUAUCGACAUCUGGAGACGGGCUACGGAGAAUAUGGCCUAUCUUAAAAACCAUCCGACACAUCAGACUAAAAAGCACCUGGAAAAUGGGAGGAAACGAGCCGAGAGGAUGAAAGCAUGCCGAGUCAUUGUCGAGACCAGCUACCACAAGGUGGAGAAUGAGCUUCGAAACCAGAUGCAUAUCAGCGUCUGCGAUGGCGUCGUCGAGAAACUGGCCAUGCUCCGCAAGUAUGAGGAUGCAUAUCCCGUGACUUCUUCCUCAGAGAGCAGUCCAGAUACCCGAUUCAAACUCCCGAUACCGAUUUAUCUUUGCUGCAUCUUAGCGUGCCUUUUUUUAGCCUUGAUUUUUAUAGGCGUUGCGUGGUCAAAGUCAUCCAAUGCUCUCGGUUCCACCAACGAUACUGAUUUUUGGACCCUGCUCGCAUUUUCGACGGUACAACUUCUUGGCUUCUACACGACGGUCUCUAAUGUUUCCCGGAAAUCGACAGAGAAAUCCGUCGCUUGGACAUGUGCCCUCUAUCUCACGGCUUUCGGUAUUAUUUGUACCUUAGUAUCCAUACCCGCGUACACAUAUUUACCGACUAUGUGGAGCACUUUGCUGGCAUUCGGAGCAGCUGUCGCACAGUUAGUUGUGCUACUUGAGCUAUUGCUGAUGGCUGACCAUUCCAAAACGAAACAAGCCUAAUAAAGCCAUCUACGUAUCGUUCUACAUUCUCCUUGAAAAGCAUCAAGGUCAUGGUUAUAUCAAUCGUCAAUGUAAGGGAAAAGUGUGGUGGGGUAAGGGAGUAGCGGGGUUCAGGGGUUCAGGGGUCACCAUCCAUUCAUUACUAGGAAAUGGCGGAGGCCA